CUUGCUUUGUAAGUCCUGAGGCCAGAUCAAAGUAGGUGGCCCCGCGAUGGGGGAAGAGAGGCCCAUGGCUGAGGGGGCCCAGUCCAGAAGGGAAUCCCAAGGUGCAGAAGUAACAGCGCAGAUUCAGCAGCCAACAGACAGAAACCUGAGGACACCAGGCAGGCGGGGCCCGCGCUCAAUGCUCAGGGUGUCCCAGCUACUGCUCAGUGCCAUCGCUGGCCACCAGCGGCUGACUCUGGCAGAGCUCAAGAAGGAGCUGGGAAAUGCAGGCUACCAAGUGCGCCGGAAGAUCAACCGCCACGACGGGUCCGAGAGGGGUACACUUCUGCGGGUCAGUGGCAGCAAUGCCACAGGCUACUUCAGGGUCUGGAAGGUUCCAAAACCGAGGAGAAAAGUGGGACAGUCCGGACUGGCGCUGAACCGCUGCUCUUCAAGGAAGACCCUGCUCCAAUCCCAAUCUCAAGCCCUGAGACCACGCAGACCACGCUCGCGUCGCAAGGCAGCCAAGAAGGCCAGAGAAUUCUGGAGACACAAGUAUAGGGCUUUGAAGGCAAAGUCCACGAGAACAAGAUCAACAGUCGGGACAAGAGUCAGGUCAAGGGCCAGGUCAAGGGCAAGGUCUAGAGCAAGGUCUAGAGCUAUGGACCAAGUGUGUGCCAGGGCCGAGGAGCAGGCUUGUGCCAGGGGCAAGGAACAGGCUCGUGCCAGGACCAGGACACAGGAGUGUGUCCAGGGCAGGGAGCAGGAGUGCACCAACGCCAGAGAAGAGGCACAUAUGGGAGCCAGGAUGCAAACCAGGGCCACGGCAAUGGAAAAUAUCAGAGCAGGACCUUCAAGGGAAGACGGCAGGUCUCGAUCUAAAAAUGAGAGCAGGCCAAACUCGAAAUCCAGGGACGAGAAGAGGCAGGAACCUGAGAGGGUGGUAAAACGAACCAUCCAGAAACCAGCUGCAACUAAAGUUGACAGUGUUUACAACCUACUAGGAAAAGCACGCACCAAGCCUUCUGCAAAAAGCGAAGGUCCUGGGUGCUCAAGGAAUCCUUAAUGCCAAAGCUGUUUUCUGGGCGCUGUUUCUUUUCCAGACAGGCUCCAAGGAGAGUAACUCUCUUUCAUUGAAGCUGUUUACAAGA